AUGCUCUCCUCCGGAAACUGUACGAUUGUCAAGGCAAGAAAGUAUUCCUAUGUGGCUUCGGACUCCAAUGGUGCAACUAAGAAUUCAGACGAUUGGGUCCACUUUCCGAUGAGGUCUGACAUAAGUCUAGUGUUUCUUGAGAAGGACCACAAGUCUCAACUGGAGUUGAAGAACUUGGUUCUCCAAAAUUUGGUUCUCCAAAUUACAUGGAAAUCGGAGAAAUUGGUUGGUCAUACCUUGAAUUGGCAAAAAGAUUGGGGACUAACACUUUGA